AGGAAUGCAUUGAACGGGCUGUUAACAUCAGAAGAAUGCAGAUGAACCACAUGUAUGAGCUGCAGAAGCAGAUGAAUGCCACUCCAGUGGCAAAUAAUCAAUUUGCAAUGCAUGCUCAACUGUUGGGAGCUAACCCUCAGCACCAAGCGAUCCUUAACCAACAACACCUCCUCUCACAGCAGCUCAGCCAGCAACAGGCCCCUCUCUCGCCCAUCCUUGCACCUUUAAAGAGGGGGAGAAAAGCUAAUGAAGAUGGUGACUCACGAAAACGGAGGAGAAAGGAUCCUAACCGUCCUAAGCGUGCCAUUACUUCUUAUUUUUUCUUCACUGCUGAAUACAGGAACAGUCUGAGAAGGGAGGGAAAGGCUGUGCCUGGUGUCAAAGAGGUACUGUUUAAUUUCUAACUGUCCAAAGGACUGUUUGCAUAUUUAUUUUACUUUUUGGCCACUCCCCCAAUCCCUCUUUUACCAAACACUUACACACACAUCUCUAUUGUGUUGGCAUUCAGAACCCCCUUGGCGUCCAUGCUUGUGCUGUUUAAUAUGAUAUGUGAACGCGUCUAACUAUUCGGUAAAUUAUGGUGAAAUGUUUGCCACAAUGGUAAAACCAAUUUCGUACCAUAUCUUUUUCCAAAUGGCAAAAAUAGUGGAAACAUUCAUUCGCCAUUCAUUGCAGAAAUUCUUGAUUUUGUCACAGCAAAAUUGGGGUACCAUUACGUGAGAGUUGUCGGCUUAAUUGGCGUUGACACCACUACCAUCUCACUGGUUUAGGCAAGGCAAAUAAAAUCGAUUGUAAUAACAUUAACAUUGUCACCACUUCUCUAAAAUGAUCCCAAUUUCUAUACUAAUUGUUGCUGUGAAGGUACCUCAGACCAACAUUAGAAGGAUGUCUCACUACGCAAGUCUUCUCAACAACAAGAAAUAGGAAUUAGCACUCAAAAGGAUCUUAAAAACGGUUGCAGAAGACAACUUUCGCCCAAUGAUGUGCUGAUGAAAGAUCUUAUGAGUUUCAUCAGGAAGAGGCUUAAAUUCGAAUUACAGAAAACUACAGAUUCCUCUCUAAGUUUGAUAGCAGAGCAAAACAAAUUUAUCUGGUAGCAGUUAUGUGGUGUAUUUAUGGUGAGUCGAGUGACAUGACCAUGGUUUUGAUGGGAAAGAUUUUCUGCAUUAAAAAAGAGCCAUAUGUAUACAUGAGGACAUCUAAAAAAUAUAUCUUUUUAAGAAUCCCAAUUACUCAACACUAUUUUCGAAAAGGUUUGAAAUAGGGUUCAAAUAGAUUUUCAUAGCAUAUUCUGAAGUUUUUAUUGUUCGUUUUAGCAGUGACCCUUAAAGUCAUUGAGAAACGGCCAUUGCUAAAAUUAUAUUUCUAAAUUAUAUUUUCUUGUUCGUUUUCAUUUAAGAUAAAUCAGAGAGCCAAACAGUUUGACCAAAUUUUUAAUCAAACGAUUUAAAUCGUAUGAUUUACAGUUUUUGUCUAUCUAAACGUCUAUCUUUUAUAUAUUUUUAGCCUUCAUUUCUCGAUUUUCAAUUUUAUUUAUACUUUUCUUCUUAUGCCGACUUGACUGUCAUUUAUUUUGUUCACAAGUGUGUAAGCUUGUUCUCUUUAAUUCGUCAAGUUUACAAUUUUUUCUUCACAUAUUCUUACCCCUUUUCAAAAAUCAAUGUUCAUAGAUUCUAGAAAUGCCAUCACAGUCAAACUCGACCAGGGCCAGGGUUCAGUUCUUAUAAUGCAUGGUACUGAUUUCCAAAAGAAGUAUACCCACCAAAUACCCAAAGAUAAUGUGAUCACUAAUUCAUGUACCUCUGUGACCUACAGGACCUGCAGCUCCACUUUCCUAAGAAACCGAAGUGCCCUAUCUACACCCCUGAAAGAGAUAUCUAAUUAUAAUUCUUAUAAUUCUUAUAAUUCUUAUAAACCUUCUGGGAAGGUUUCCUAUGUAAUACUUUUUAAGGGGGCAGUGGGUGGGGGGGGGGGGGGGGGGGGUCACCUUCAGUGCACAUAACAUAAGUCCAAGAUACUGACAGUUCUGUUAGAUUCAUGAUACUGUAUAUCAUCUCUGUUGCCUGUUGGUAGAUUAACAGUACGCUACUGGCAUAAUGGCCGUCGAAAUGCAGCCGAAACUUAAUUUUAUGGUUAAUAUUUGAGUUGAAAAAUAUCUCCAGGGCAUGAAACCAGGUUACAAGUUAGCUGGGGAUUGUUUGCACAUCUCAUAUAUUUGUUCUUAGUGGGAAUGUUUCUUAGCUGGUUCACAGAUGCAAUGGCAGAUACACUACCAAUCACCAUUGAUGAAUGGGAACCCUGGCCCCUUGAGUGCAUGCCUUACAAAUAGUUUUCAUUGAUUAUUAUUAUUGUCUGCAGACGUAGGGACGGCUUCUUUGUUGCAGCGUACUAGUGUUUGACUCUCCGCCUCGCGCCGUUGAGGGUACUGUGCUGUAGCUGUCAAAUUUUGCUGUUUUGUGGUUUUCAUCGUUAAGAAUGUGUUGAUCAUCUGGUGCUUUUAUAUGUACAUAGAUUUUUAUUUCACAGUAACUUCAGAUUGCCACCGUUCAAACUAAUUGACCACAUCUAAUAGGAAUGCAUUGAUCGGGUUGUUAACAUCAGAAGAAUGCAGAUGAACCACAUGUAUGAGCUGCAGAAGCAGAUGAAUGCCGCUCCAGUGGCAAACAAUCAAUUUGCAAUGCAUGCUCAACUGUUGGGAGCUAACCCUCAGCACCAAGCGAUCCUUAACCAACAACACCUCCUCUCACAGCAGCUCAGCCAGCAACAGGCCCCUCUCUCGCCCAUCCUUGCACCUUUAAAGAGGGGGAGAAAAGCUAAUGAAGAUGGCGACUCUCGAAAACGGAGGAAAAAAGAUCCUAACCGUCCUAAGCGUGCCAUGACUCCUUAUUUUUUCUUCACUGCUGAAUACAGGAAUAGUCUGAGAAGGGAGGGAAAAGCUGUGCCUGGUGUCAAAGAGGUCGCACAGUACUGUGGUCCCAAAUGGAAUGGAAUGAAUGAAGAUGAAAAGCGACCUUUUGUGGAAUCAGCAGAGAAGGAUAGAAAGCGGUAUCUUGGUGAAAUGAACAUCUAUAAAAAGCCACGUGAUGAAGACAAGCCAAAGAGACCAGCAAGCGCGUAUUUUCAUUUUCUUGUUGAAUUUCGAAAGAAAAUGGCAGGAAAGCCGCUUCCGGAGCAUACUACAAUUCCCAAGUUGUCUGGAGCGUUGUGGCAGAAAAUGACCGAGGAAGAGAGAAGACCAUACAACACUAAAAUGGAAGAAGAAAAGAAAGUAUAUGAGAAGAGAUUAGCUGAGUACAGAAAGAAAAAAGCGGAGGAAGCCAUAAAAACUGCACAAAACAAACCGGAACCUGAAAAAAAAGAAGAAGCCCCCUACACUGAUUACAGGGGAUCGUUCGAUGGCUCCACGCAAAACUCUGGGAUCAAUAUGCUCUCCCAGUAUUCCGACUUGAAUCGUCACAUACAAAUGAUGACGAGUCAAGAUAAUAAGACCUGGCAGGCGCAGCUACAAAACAUGCAGGCUGCUCAAGCUGCUCACCAUUACAAUAGUUAUCAUUACUCUGAUAUGUAUAACUCUCCCGGUUCCUCAACACACUCAGGACAGGAAGUGAAACUACAAGAUACAGUGCAAAACAUGAUGAUACCUAACGUACUGAAUAGCACCUCGCUUCCUAGCAUCCAAUCCUUGCAGUCAAGUAUUCAGCUGACUGCGCCGUCCGAGGAACCUCAGCAGGUCCCUCUCGUGCAGCCGAUGCAGAUCCACCCAGACCUGCAGAAGCAGCUUCAACAGCACCAGGAGGAACAACUCUUGUCAGUAGGACAGGAGAAGGAGGGGAGGAUUGAGGCUAGAGAAGAGAUACAGGGAGAAGGCCACCAGGAAGACGACGACGAGGAGGUCGGAGAUGAGGACGAAGCUAUUGGAAGUGGUGAAAAUGGCGAGGGAUCGUCUUAAGUCAAUUGUGCAUCAAACUGAUGCUGCGGAACCGGGGCGAACUGGUCGGAGUGUACGUAUGGGUCUCCAAGCAUGUAAAGGAACGAGCAAUAUAAGACGCUGUUGUAAAAGCUAUGUUGAAAUUGUGUCACCAAUUAGUGGUGUCAUCUUUAGUGGUGUGCAUUCACCUGGCCCGACCCUAGGUACUGUGAAGACUACCGCUCCUAUACAUGCUACUUGUACAGUGCCAUAUAGAAAGACUUUAGGAAAGUUUC